GAGAGAAUGUCCGUUCCUAACAGCACCCAGCUCCGUCCUUCUUCAUUCCUUUUGCUGGGCAUCCCAGGGCUAGAAGGUGUGCACAUCUUGAUUGGGUUCCCCUUUUUCUUUCUGUAUCUUGUCGCUCUCCUGGGGAAUGCUGCUGUGAUGUUUGUGAUCCAGACUGAGCACAGUCUCCAUGAGCCCAUGUAUUACUUCCUGGCCAUGUUGGACUCCAUCGACCUGGGCUUGUCCACGGCCACCAUCCCCAAAAUGCUGGGCAUCUUCUGGUUUAGCCUCAGGGACAUAUCCUUUGAAAGCUGCCUUUCCCAGAUGUUCUUCAUCCACUUCUUCACUGCUAUGGAGAGCAUUGUGUUGGUGGCCAUGGCCUUUGACCGCUACGUUGCCAUUUGUAAACCCCUUCGGUACACCAUGAUCCUCACUAGCAAAAUCAUCGGCGCUAUUGCGGGCAUCACUGUUCUGCGGAGCCUGUGCAUGGUGGUCCCACUGGUGUUUCUUCUCCUGAGGCUUCCCUUCUGUGGGCAUCACAUCAUCCCUCACACCUACUGUGAGCACAUGGGCAUUGCCCGUCUGGCCUGUGCCAGCAUCAAAGUCAACAUAAUGUUUGGUCUGGGGAACAUUUCUCUCUUAUUGUUGGAUGUGCUCCUUAUUAUUGUCUCCUAUGUCAGGAUCCUCUAUGCAGUCUUUCUCCUGCCUUCCUGGGAAUCUCGACUCAAAGCCCUCAACACGUGUGGCUCCCACAUUGGUGUUAUCUUAGCCUUUUUCACACCAGCGUUUUUCUCUUUCUUGACACACCGUUUUGGCCACAACAUCCCCCAAUAUAUCCACAUUCUUUUAGCCAAUCUAUAUGUGGUUGUUCCACCAGCCCUCAAUCCUGUAAUUUAUGGGGUCAGGACCAAGCAGAUUAGGGAGCGAGUUUUGAAGAUUUUUUUUUUUAAAGGAUGGUUAAACAUUGGUAGUCUUAGAACAUAUUAUAGUUCAUAUUUUCUUCUUAUGCAAUUAAAAGGAGAUUAUUGUCUAAAAAAGAUAAUCAGGAGGGAGUAA